CGCAACACGAUAACGAAGCCCUAGAAUUGUAUCUCAUUCUCACACAAACAAACAUAACUCUUCUUCCUCUACAGAAACCCUAACACCCAGCGAAGCGAUAACACUCACACUCACACUCACUCAGAAGAAGGUUUGAGAGUCAUGGCGGCUGUGAUGAUGAUGAUGGAAGAAAUCAAGGAAAAAGCAAAUCGUCUCGAAAUCGAUCCCUCUUCAAUCGAUCUCGACUCCAUUCACCUCCCACCCGGUGAAGAUUGCGGCAUCGUCAGUGACGAUGAGGAUGUUUAUCAAGAGGAUAAUCUCGAAUUCGACUCUGGUUUCGGCAACAUUAUCGUUGUCGAUAACCUCCCCGUUGUUCCUAAGGAAAAAUUUGAGAAGCUUGAAGGUGUUGUUAGGAAAAUCUAUAGUCAGAUCGGAGUUAUCAAGGACGAUGGUCUCUGGAUGCCUGUGGAUCCUGAAACGGGGAAAACCGUGGGGUAUUGCUUCAUUGAAUACAAUACUCCUCAGGAAGCUGAGCUUGCUAAGGAGAAGACCCACGGUUACAAAUUGGACCGUGCUCACAUAUUUGCGGUGAACAUGUUCGAUGACUUUGACAGGUUUAUGAAAGUUCCCAAUGAGUGGGCUCCUCCUGAGACUAAACCAUAUACUCCUGGGGAAAAUCUUCAACACUGGCUCACCGAUGCCAAGGCCCGAGACCAGUUUGUGAUUCGUGCGGGUUCAGAUACUGAAGUUUUGUGGAAUGAUGCUAGGCAUUUGAAGCCUGAUCCUGUUUACAAGCGUACUUAUUGGACUGAGAGUUUUGUGCAAUGGUCCCCUUUGGGCACAUACUUGGCAACAGUUCACAGGCAGGGGGCAGCAGUCUGGGGAGGUGCCACAACCUUCAAUCGUCUCAUGCGUUAUGCUCAUCCUCAGGUAAAACUCAUUGAUUUUUCACCUGGUGAGCGAUACUUGGUUACUUAUAGUAGCCAUGAACCAAGCAAUCCCCGUGAUGCUAAUAGAGUUGUGAUUAAUAUAUUUGAUGUGAGAACUGGUAAAGUGAUGCGGGAUUUCAAAGGAAGUGCUGAUGAUUUUGCAAUUGGAGGUACUGGAGGUGUCACUGGGGUGUCAUGGCCUGUUUUCAAAUGGAGUAGUGGAGAUAAGUACUUUGCAAGGAUGGGGAAAAAUGUACUCUCUGUAUAUGAGACAGAGACCUUCUCCCUGGUUGACAAAAAAUCAUUGAAGGUUGAAAAUAUAAUGGAUUUUAGCUGGUCCCCAACUGAUCCAAUCAUUGCACUCUUUGUUCCUGAGAGUGGUGGUGGUAACCAGCCUGCUAGGGUUAGUCUGAUCCAAAUUCCUAGCAAAGAGGAACUCAGGCAGAAGAACCUUUUUAGUGUCAGUGAUUGCAAGAUGUACUGGCAGAGCAAUGGAGAUUACCUAGCUGUUAAUGUAGACCGAUAUACUAAAACUAAAAAAAGCACAUACACUGGCUUUGAGCUUUUCCGCAUAAAAGAGCGAGACAUACCAAUUGAGGUUCUGGAGCUUGAGAAUAAGAAUGAUAAGAUUAUUGCCUUUGCAUGGGAGCCUAAAGGCCACAGGUUUGUAGUUAUUCAUGGUGAAAACCCUAAGCCUGACAUUAGUAUUUACUCUAUGCGGACUGCUCAGCACCCUGGUCGGGUUUCAAAGCUCACUACUCUGAAAGGCAAGCAGGCAAAUGCUCUGUUUUGGUCACCUGCAGGUCGCUUCAUUGUACUAGCAGGUUUGAAAGGCUUAAAUGGACAGUUGGAGUUUUACAAUGUCGAUGAACUUGAAACCAUGGCAACUGCAGAUCAUUUUAUGGCAACAGAUAUUGAAUGGGAUCCAACUGGAAGGUAUGUUGCAACUGCUGUGACUUCAGUUCAUGAAAUGGAAAAUGGUUUCAACAUAUGGUCUUUCAAUGGCAAGCAUCUUUAUCGUAUAUUGAAGGAUCACUUCUUUCAGUUCUUGUGGAGACCAAGGCCGCCAUCUUUCUUGACUCCUGAGAAAGAGGAAGAGAUUGCAAAGAGCUUAAAGAAGUAUAGUAAGAAAUAUGAGGCAGAAGAUCAAGAUGUGUCAUUGUUGCUGAGUGAGCAGGAGCGCGAGAAGCGUAGGAUGUUGAAAGAAGAUUGGGACAAGUGGGUUAGUGAAUGGAAGCGGAUGCAUGAAGAAGAGAAGUUACAGAGGGAAGAGCUUAGAGAUGGAGAGGCAAGUGAUGAAGAGGAGGAAUACGAGGCCAAGGACAUUGAAGUCGAGGAAGUCAUCGAUGUAUCUGAAGAGGUCCUUCACUUUGAGUAGGGUUAAGAGUGAAGGACUGGAGUUGGUGAAUUUAAAACCAUUUUAUAUACUUGUCGAAUUGUAGUGACUUUAGUUGGUGGGGGAUUAAACUCGAUUUUGUAGGUUUUCAUGAUUUAUUUUUCUAGUUUUUCUUUUAUUACGGAAGGAAUUCUUAUUUUUUCCUGAAACUUAAAUGAGGCAAUUUUGCCACCCCUUGGGGCUGGAACUCACAGAA